AUGGAGAUGGAUGGGGUCUACCCAGUGAGAGUAAUUCCAUUGGGAGGGGAUGUCUGUCUGUCGAAGGAUAGGGAGUCGAGAUUUAUUGAAGAUUUGAUUGUAGAAGGGGAAACCUGGUGGAAAAACUGGUUCUCUGAGAUUAAGAGGUGGGAGGAAGGAACGGUUGGUGAGAGUAGGGAUGUUUGGCUGAGAAUUUUUGGUAUCCCUGCUCACGUGUGGAUGUCUUACUUUUUUGUGGCAUUGGCGGAGGUGUGGCUGAAAUUCAUUUGCGUGGACGAGAGAACAGCGAAAGGAAAAGCUUUUGAUGUCGCAAGGAUUAUGGUGAAGGUUAAUUUAUAUCUCAAAAUACUUGAUGUCUUUCCUGUUACCAUUGACGGUAAGAUGUUUAAUUUAGUGAUGCGAGAGGAUGCGAUAGGGUUGUUUGGAAGUAACGUUGAGCCAUCGGGAAAUAGGGAUUCUGCUUCUUCAUCAGCAGACUCUGAAAGAAUUUGGCAGGAUUUUUCAUUGAAGGGAAGUUUGAACCAUGGCGUUGACGUUCCGUUCCGUGAUCACGGAGAAAUUGACAAGGGAGAUUCGUCGGGAGGCGGAGGUGGAGGAUCAGAAAAUUUCAAGGGCUCGUUUUCGAUUUCGGUUUUGCUGGGCAGGGAAGAAAACAGUGCUACUGCUUGGAAGGAUGCAAAAUUGGGGAGUUUCGACGAGGCUGUAUCACGUUUUCGGGCAGAAACUUCUUUGAAUUUUGACUCGAAUAACAUUUCUGGGAGCGCGAUAGGUGUUGGUUCUGUUUCCUUGAAAUCUGCUGGUGAAGGGAACAAAUUCUGUUGUAAUGGAGGUAGGAUAUUAAAAAAGUCGAAUAACAGCAGCAAAGGGCAGAGCCGGAAAGGUGAGCACAACGGGGAACAAAGGGGAACCUUACUGUUAAAUUUCACAGCAGGGUCGGGGAGUUUAGAAGGUUCCCAAUGUUCGGUAUUCUAUGGAGAACAUAUUAAGGAGUCCGAUAUAGUUAGAAAUAACGGGCGUCAAUGGAAGUAUUUGGAGAAUGAUUUUGGUGGAAAUUUGUGGGAUGCUAUAGCGGCAUUGGGUGUGGUUGAUGUGGAGGGAUGUGGAAAGAAAAUUUGUUUGAGUCAAGGCAUAGAAGAGGGAGAUUGUGAGAAUCGGGAAGGACAGAAGGAGCUUACUAACGGAGACUCAUGA